UGAAUCCUGAGGGUAUAAAAGAGGAACAGGAUUACUCCAUCAGUACAGACUGACACACAGACUGCAAACAUGCUGAGAUUCAUCCUGUUGAGCGCUCUUGCAGCCCUGGUGCUGACUGAGGAUCUGGUGUCCAAGCCCAAACACCUGGAAGAAGUGCCUCGGACCAAGGUUGUGGGAGGUGGUAUUGCCCUACCUAACUCCUGGCCCUGGCAGGUCUCUCUCUUGGUCAAGUCUGGUGUCUCCUACUUCCAAAACUGUGGAGGUAUUCUGAUCAGGACUGGAUGGGUUUUGACUGCUGCUUCCUGUGUGGACAGCCCUAAGACUUUGCUGGUGGUUCUUGGAGAGUACAACCUGAACAGCAUUGAAGGAACAGAGCAGCUCAUUACCGUCAGCAGGAUCAUCAUCCACCCCCUCUGGAACAAGAACCUCGCAUCAGGGAACGACAUCGCCCUGCUUCAACUGUCCACUCCAGCCACCCUGAACUCUGCUGUCCAGCUGGCUGCUCUCCCUCCCUCUGGUCAGAUCCUGCCCAAUAACUACGCUUGUUACAUCAGUGGAUGGGGAUCCACCGUCACUGGCGGUCUUGUUUCUAACAGCCUGAGGCAAGCAUAUCUGCCCAUCGUGGACUACCAGACCUGCUCCAGCCCUUCCUGGUGGGGAGCUGUCGCCAAGCCCAAUAUGAUCUGUGCUGGUGGAAGUACAAACUCUGCUUGCAAUGGUGACUCUGGCGGCCCCCUGAACUGUCAGGUGGGGGGGAGGUACUACGUCCAUGGGGUGACCAGCUUUGUUUCUGCAGCUGGUUGCAACACCUUCCAGAAGCCCACCGGAUUCACCCGUGUGUCUGCCUACAUCAGCUGGAUCACUGGAUUCACCGGGUGAACAGGACCAGGCAGUGUCUUGUGGCGUCUCAGUGAUCUAUGCUGUUGCCCCUGACGCAGAUGUGCUGCUGCAGCAGUUUUUUCAGCAAGGGCUGUCUCUUUCGUCUUUCCAAAACUUUCGGUCUAAUAAAGAAUAAUCUGUCAGACACAUACAAAAUAUGCGUAUCUUCAGAAAAGGAGCAUGAUCUUUGAAGCAGAAAGUACCCACGUCUUCGGUCAUGGUUCACCACAAAUACUACUCAACCAUGUCUCUGUCGUAUUCUUCUCUUAAAAUUUAAUAAACUAUCCUUUAUCAAGUUAAA